AUGAUCUCCACCAACACGAUUGCUCAUUCUAAUUCUUCCCAACAACAACAACCAAUCACACUUCCUGUCAUUGACAUUUCUCCACUUUUACACAAAGAUCCAGCUCAUAAAGAUGAUGAAUCCUAUCAACAAGUGAUUCGAGAGAUUGGACUCACUCGAGUGUAUAGAGGAUUUUUUGAAUUGGGUGGAGAAUUGACCUAUGGAAAGAAAGAUUGGAAAGAAGGCUAUUAUUUUAGUGCAGAGUUGAAUGAUGAUCAUCCUGCUGUGAAAGGGUUUACCAAUGCAUGGUUUAAAUCAAUGGCCAGAUGA